CUCCUCUGAGCCUUCAGCCUAGACUCAUACACCAUGCCUUCAUCUGAAGUUGUCACCAGAGACUUUUGCUCCCAGGAUGGCAGACGGUCUCCCCACAGAGUUUGAUGUAGUUAUACUAGGAACAGGUUUGCCUGAAUCCAUCCUGGCAGCAGCAUGUUCAAGAAGUGGCCAGAGGGUUCUGCAUCUUGAUUCGAGAAGUUACUAUGGAGGAAACUGGGCUAGUUUCAGCUUUUCAGGAUUGCUCUCCUGGUUGAGGGAAUAUCAGCAAAACAGCAACACUGAGGAAGAAAGUACUGCUGCAUGGCAAGACCUAAUCCAGGACACAGAAGAAGCCAUCACUCUUCGCAGAAAGGAUAACACCAUUCAACACACAGAAGUUUUUUGCUAUACCAGUCAGGACGUGGAUGACGGCAUUGAAGAGACUGAUGAUCUGCAAAAAAAUCCUUCCUCAGUGACAUCUACCACCCUCACUCAAUGUCUGGAUUCUACAUACUUGUCUGAAGAAACACACACAUUAAAUGUCACAAGUUAUGAAAUGCCUGCCAAAGACACUCCAAAAUGUGACAGAAAGAUUUCACCAGAAGUAACUGGUGUAGAGGACACCAUAGCAAAAGAGAAGUAUUGUGGAGAUAGCACUGGUCUUUUACACAGUGUCAGACAGAGAGAAAGAUGAAAAAAAGCCUAUAAUGGAAAACAACAUGAAUCCACCACAGAGAAAUAGGAUUACUUACUCUCAAAUAGUUAAAGAAGGCAAGAGGUUUAAUAUUGAUUUGGUAUCAAAGCUGCUGUAUUCUCAAGGAUUGCUAAUUGAUCUUUUAAUUAAAUCAAAUGUUAGUCGUUACACAGAAUUUAAAAAUGUCACCAGGAUUCUUGCAUUUCGAGAAGGAAGAGUGGAACAAGUACCUUGCUCCAGAGCAGAUGUCUUUAAUAGCAAAGAACUCACUAUGGUUGAAAAGAGGGUGUUAAUGAAAUUUCUUACAUUUUGUUUAAACUAUGAACGACAUCCGGAUGAAUACCAAGCUUUCAUGCAAUGCUCAUUUUCAGAGUACUUAAAAACUAAAAAAUUAACCCCCAACCUUCAACAUUUUGUACUGCACUCAUUCGCAAUGACAGAGUCAUCUUGCACUACAAUCGAUGGACUCAAAGCAACAAAAAACUUCCUUCAGUGUCUUGGAUGAUUUGGCAACACUCCCUUUUUAUUUCCCUUGUAUGGCCAAGGGGAAAUUCCCCAGGGUUUCUGCAGGAUGUGCGCAGUUCUGGGUGGAAUCUAUUGCCUUUGCCAUAAAGUACAAUGCCUUGUAGUUGACAAAGAAUCAGGAAGAUGUAAAGCCAUUAUAGAUCACCUUGGUCAAAGAAUAAACACUAAGUAUUUCAUUGUGGAGGACAGUUACCUUUCUGAGGAAACAUGCUCAAAUGUGCAGUACAAGCACAUCUCCAGGGCCGUGCUCAUCACAGAUCAGUCUGUACUAAAGGCAGAUUCAGAUCAGCAGAUUUCUGUUUUGGUAGUGCCUCCCAUGGCACCAGGAACAUGUGCUGUUCGGGUCACUGAAUUAUGUUCUUCAACCAUGACAUGCAUGAAAGACACCUAUAUGGUACAUCUGACAUGCUCAUAUUCUAAAACAGCAAGAGAAGACUUAGAAUCACUGGUGAAGAAAUUAUUCACCCCAUAUGCUGAAACAGAAUUAGACAAGGAAGAACUUAUAAAGCUAAGGGUCUUAUGGGCUCUGUACUUUAAUAUGAGGGACUCAUCGGCCAUCAGCAGAAGCUCAUAUGAUGGUUUGCCUUCCAAUGUUUAUGUCUGCUCUGGGCCUGACUGUGGGCUGGGAAGUGGGCAUGCAGUGAAGCAAGCUGAAGCACUCUUCCAGGAGAUCUUUCCAAACGAAGAAUUCUGGCCCCCACUGCCUAAUCCAGAGGACCUCAUCUUUGAUGCUGAUGAUAAGCAACCAAGGCUUCUGGAACCAAUAUUAUAAUACCAGACAGACUAGAAUCUUAAUGAGGGAAGAAAACAUUUAGAAAGCCCCGGGAAGCACCUUCAAAAUUAGAAGAAAAGCAAACUGGAAACACUGCUUUGGGUCUUCAUCCUGGCAUCAGAAUAUUCUCAUUGAAAGGACAGUUUCCUGUAUGAGUUACUACAACUGGUCAUAUAAUGAAUGCUAUGCAGAUGUUAUCUUUAAUUCUGUUUGAGACAUUCGGUCUUUGUGUGUCUUCGUUAAUCUAUCAGUAACUGAUUUAUUGCUUAUUGGACAUUUUUUGUUUCAGAAUGGACUUCAUGAUCCAAGAUCUUAAACAAGCUUAGCUUUAAUUGAGUGGUGGCUAUAUAUAUUUAUAUAUAUAUAUAUAUAUAUAUGACGGUUCCAUAUUAUCAACUGUGCCUAAAGGAAGUUAAUAUUGUAUCUGCUAAUGAUCAUCAGAUUUUAUUAUUGUCCACAAUAACAAGUAGUAAUAUCUAAGGAAUAUUUUAAUUACUUUUGGAGCUAUUACAGUUGCUACCACCUCUAAAUAGUGAAACACACACAUACAGAAUAAAUUAUGUGGGUCUCUUGUAUGUGAUAGAAACAUACAGACGUGGUGGCAAUAUGUAAUGUCACAGUGGCAAUCGCAUCUAAUGUAAGUUCCAAGUAUGAUAAAAUACCUUUGUCUGUAAUUGUUCAGAGAUUGACUUUGCAUGAUCCUUUAUUUGUGAAGGUCUGAUCUUGCAGUUUGAUCCUCCUGCUUGACCCUUGUAACCUAUGAGCAGUGACAUCACCACCACCUACAUUACAAAGCAUCAAAGAUUUCAGUUAGUGGUUGAAGAGCUCCUCCUUGUGAGGUUCAUUCCAAAGAAAAUCUAGGAGAUAAGAUUAGUUCUGGUUUAAUACUUCAGAAAACUUCUGCACAGCCUUGCUCUGGCACCUGAAAUAACUCAACUUCCAACAAUUAACUCAAGCCAAAAGGAAAAAUUAAUUUCCCCAAGAAAGAAUCUUUCAGAGUGGCCAUUCUGAAAUCCCUAAGGAGACACUGGGCGAGGCAGUUUUAACCUGGGAUCAAAUAGAUUUCCCAAGGUUUCUCAGUGAGUGUGACGUACCACCUGGUGGGCUCUACCCAUCAUUCCUGAUAGGAGUGAGUCAAAGAAUUCACCACGUCCCUUCAUCUGUGGCUGCCUUACAAAAAGGGAGAUCACUGCCUUCACAGUCGCUUCUGCCUCUUGACUAUUGACUGGAGGAGAGAAACAUUUUUUUUCCCUAGAACUAGAAGUCACUAAAAAAAAAAAAAAGUUGUCCUCUAGUGGUGAGAACCAGUGGAGCUGUCAGAAGAGGUGAACUUCCUUUGAGUCCCCGUUUUCAUUCCUCAGAGGCAGAAGGAUGAUCCUUUAGGAAGAGAGCCCUUGAUGGCAGUUUUUGUUCUCAAACAGCCUUUACCAUGUGCUUUCACAUUAUAGCUUCUUAGCAACCCUGUGAGGCAGAUAUUAUUAAGUAUAGUUUCAAAGAGGAAAUAAAGACUUCAUCAUUGAUGAUCUGCUCAGAGUCUGUUACGUGGAAGAGCCAGCAUAGGAAGCCAGACGCUGGUCUCUCAGCAUUACUGAAUGGCAGAGAUGUGAAGAUCAGCAUUAAUUAAAAAUAAAUAUACUUUAGAGCUAGCUAUGGAGCUCAUUGAAGUAAAUUUAGCUAAGUUUUAAAAAAAUAAUGCUUUUUAAUAAGUAUCUUUUGAUCUGAACAUCAUGUUAUAAAAAAUACAGAGGUUGCUAGACCAAAAUAUGCUCUGAAUAGUCUUUUUUUUGCUUUUUUAUAUACUUGGAAAAUGAAACAAAGGUUUAAGUAAUAUAUAGCUCACUGAAGGUGGAGAACUCACGAAUUGGUAUUAAUAUUUAUGUACUUCUUAAAUACAGUAAAAAAAAAAGUUUUCAUUGGGUAGAUCCUAAAGUUUAAACCUAUCAAAACAAUUUCAUUAUCUAUAAAAUAGAAAGACUACUUUGAAGAAUUAUUGUGAGGAUUAGAUCUUAUAAUGUAUAUUAACUCAUUUCCAAAGGAAUGCCAAGAGGUGAUAGUGUGUAAGACUUAAACACUUCCACUUAACAUCCCAACUGAUGUUUUAUUGGACAGAAUUGUGAUAAAUUAUUUGGGAAAAUAAGUAAGCACAGAUAGAUAUUUCUUUUAACUUUGGGGAAAAAAUUGGAAAUCUUGCCCUUCAAAUCCUUAAAACAUGCUGUUAAGUAACUUUUCUAAAUAUACUAUAAUGCUGAAUAGAAAGUUUAAGACAAAAACCAAAGAAAGCAAGAAAUAUAUAAUAAUCAUUACAAAGUCAUUGGAAAGAUGAUUGGAAAUUAUUGGAAAGACUAGCUGGAUGUCAGUAUGAAAAAAGAAAUUAGCUACGUUUCAUAUGUGAUAAGACAAUUCAUUCGAGAUGAAUUAAAAUGUUAUAAAGGUAAAAAUUAAAAGACUACAGUUGUCAUCUCUAUCACGGUGUUGUCUGGUGGCCUCUGCCAAGGGAGGGCUUACCUGGGCACUGCAGUGAGACCUCUCCUUAGAGACUGCCGCAGUUGGGUUCCUGAUUCUGAUCAAGAAAUAAUUCAUGCCCAAGUGAAGCAGGUGCAAGCAAAGGGUAGUUUAUUAAAGUGAAAGUACACACUCAAGGAGGGAGUCAGUGUGUUAGCAUGCUGGAGUUCGGGUUGGGUGGUCUUACAGCUGGAGUGUGAACAAGGGAUGGUAUUUUCUGCAGGUGGGAGGAUUAGGGGCUACACCCUCUUAAUGCCCUGACAUAGUCAGCCUAGAACUUUCAUGGCACCAUGGGGUGUGAUGUUUAAUAUGUUAAUGAGCACAGAAUGUACUUGGGGUAACUGGGUUACCUUUCUUCUGCAUCUGGAAUCUAGCUGGUUUGCUUUUGCUUAAGUUGUUUUGCCAUCAGCUAUCUACCUAGUGUCUUACUGGUUUGUUUUCCCUUACCCAGCUUGUUUUACUAGCUGCUACAUGAACUGGCCUCAGCUACUAAUAUCUGGAGUUUCUUGACUUGCCUAAGUCCUGACUAUCUUGCUGAACUACACUGCCUAUGUCAGUGGUACAAAAGGAACAUUAUGGUAGUGAAAACCAUUGUUGACAAGGCAGAGGAGACCAACUAAAAGAAAAAGGAAAAAUAUAUCUUGAACAGGAAGAAGAUAGAAGAGAUAGAAUUUAAAAAAUUUAUUAUUUCCAUGCAUUACACAUGGAUAAAGUGCUCAAUACUCUUUAAAAAGCAGAUGCAAAUCCAUAAGGCUUUCUAUUCUUUACUAAGCAAAUUUAUGAAAGGGUAGAGUAUAAAUGAGAAAAUACAAGUCAAAGUCAACUCAUAGGAUGACAUUCAGAUUUUCUAAUAUUAAAAAUGCAAAUUGAAACACCUUUGACCUAGUUCAUGCUAUUACAUUAGCAAAAAGAAUUCCAAAUUGUAUAUGUCUUCAUAUCAGUAGUAUUUGUUAUUGUAGGUUUUUAUAAGAAUUAUCUCAAUGACUUUAACAAGAGCUAUAUAACCAAUCUGUCUUUUGAUAGAUCUAACUCACUUUGAGUAGGAUAUGCCCAGGAAAAUAUUUAAAAGAAAAAUAAGCUACUUGUACAGCAAUUCUGUUCAUAUGAGGUUUUUUUUUUUUAAAAAAAGGCCCAGUAGGGAAAUGGAUAAGUAAAUUUUGGUGUAUUGCUAGUGCUAUCAGACUGUUAUGUAAGCAUUAAGUAAUUUUAGUAUAUGUAAAACUGGAAGAAAUGUUUAAAUGAGACUCAAAAGUGUUAGAACAGAUUGUUGUUAUUUAUUAAUUAUAUUUGUGUAAAAAUCUAGAUCUCUGUGUUGAAGAUUCAGAAUUAAAUGUAAUUAAUUGGAGUUUGAUGAAAAGGGAUUCUUUAUUUUUGUCUGUAAAAUAUUGAUGUGUGCAAUAAAAAAUAAA